GAAGGCCCCCCGUCAGGGGUCAUGCGAUGGCCUUGGCAAAGUGUUUUCUAUUCAACAGUUAGCUACGCUGUAACCCGGUAACGGACUGUCUGAUAACUAACGUUAGCUUUAUGGGUAAAUUAAAGGCGCAGACUUUCAAGGCGUCUUGGCUGCGCUGUUAACCACCCAAUGAGGUUUUUAUUGUGAAAAAUAACGUUGACCGGAAGUCGCACGCUCUGGCGCUACCUCCAAAAAACUCCGUGAUGGCGGCGGGACGGGGGGAGUUUUUUCGAAGUGUCUGUGAGGGCUUGGAGAGGAAACCCGCCCAGUCAGGCCCGGGUGGAAGACAGCCGGGUGGAGUUAGAGACACGCCGGGCCCGGGCAGAGGACGGUCGGGUCCGGGUAAAAAGCAGACGGGCGGAAAUAGGAGGAGGAGGCCGCCAGACGCAGCUCGGAGCUCCGGUAGCGGGACUGACCACAGCGGCCCACAACCGAGAACAGAGAGGAAGAGAGCAGCUUUUCCCAAAAUCCAGACUUCUCCAGACAAGGAGAACUUAAUUGAAAGGCUGCCCUCUGAGAUCCUGAUGAAGAUCCUGUCGUACCUGGACGCCUCCUCGCUGCUCAGCAUCAGCUAUGUCAGCAAGCUCUUCCACCAGGUCGCCGAAGACGAUGUCGUCUGGCACAAGAUUUACACGUCAGAGUUUGGGAGUCAGAGGUGGAGGCCGAAGUCGGAUGACGAGGUGCUGAAGGUGGAGCCGGUGGAGGAUCGGUCGGCGGGUCACUGGAAGAAGCUGUACUUCAGGACCGUGGCUGGACAAGAGAUGAGCAAAUGGAGGACAGAGCUGAGAGACGUCAGUCCGUACACCGGGCUGCCCAGGCAGACUGAGUGGAUCCUCAGGAACCUGAGCGUGAGCUGGGAGCUGACGGUGUGUGAUCACUCGGGACAGGAAGACACGCUGGAGCAGAGCCGAGCGUACUUCUUCAAGUCCUCUGUGAUCGUCCGCUGGAACGGAUACCACGAGUUCCACCGCAUCAGCAGCGUCCAGCUGCACGGCGUCCGCAAGGAGACGGCCAGCAGCCCCGCGGUCAGGAAGCCCGGCUGGCGCUCUCUGAUCUUGAAGGUGGACGUGAAGACUCAGCCGGCUCAGCCUGCCCGGUUCAUCGGCAGAGACAGAAUGAUCAAACUGUUGCUUCUGCCGCCCGGUUUCCUCAUCGGCAUCUGGAGGGGUCAGGGCAGAGUUGCCUUCAUCAUGUUCAGCCUGCACUUCCACAGGCUGGUGGAGAAGAGUCUGCUGGGAUCUCCUGUCUGCCUGUUUGUCCCUUCCUGCAGCCCGUACUCCGAGCCCGUGGACCUCCCGCCCGUGGAUCAUUCGGACCCUGAGUUCGGUCUGCACGGCUACACUCUGCACUUCGUCCUGCACAACACCAGCACUGAGAUCAUGUCGGGACACUUCCGCCAGCUCUCCUGUCGCACAGUGGAGAUCCGGCGUGGACUGAUGCUGCUGAGGGUCAUCAACAGGACCAACUUGUCCCAGCACAGAUCUCUGUCUGGAAACAUCAAGCUGCCCUGGAAGAGCGAGUCCCUGGAGGGCUCAGUGGAGAACUGCUGCAUCAUAACGCUGACUCUGCUGGACGAGUUCCAGAAACCCUUCUGGUGCGUCAGCUCACCCGUGUGCAUCACGAUGGCGAGGAAGACCCUGUCCUACGACUACAGCGGCAAGCACUUUCUGAUGGAGCACCACAGCGCGGAGGGUAAGGUGGAGAUGAAGCUGGUGUGGCUGAAGGAGCAGGAGCAGUUCUUCCUCAUCAGCCUCACCGUCUGCAUCCCCCUGUGCAAAGUCAACAAGCACUUCAGCACCGAGUACCGAGGCUGACGGUCUCCUCGGGCCUCGUGCAGCCUCCCCCAGAGCCGACACGGAGGUCGUGAUCGCAGGCCCGUGUUGGUCUGAGCGCUUGUUUUCAGUGGAAAAAAGUACAAAAAUGUUCAUUUCACAAGAAAAGGUUCGGAAAUUGUUUAAUUGUAUUUUUACUCACAACACAGGAAGUGUACAGUUGCUGUUUCUGUUACGUUUGUAGAAUAGCAGUGGAAAAGAAAAUUCACUGAGCAUGAAGUUUAUUUAGAAUUUCAGUGUCUAUUUGACAUAGUUUACGUUCAGUCACAAUCGUGUGGCAGAAUUUCAUGCAGCUAAUAAACUGCUCUUUAAAAUUUC